AUGACAUUUGUCCAACUUGAAUGUAUCUUGACAUUCUUGGUAGAAUUAGAUCGCGGAUCAAGAAGGAAACAUGACAGAGGAAAUAACACUCAAUUGCUUUCAAAUGAAUCGUUAGAAGUUCACGCCAAAACUUUAUGGUGCAGUGACAACAGAUGGACAGUUUGUAAACUGCUGGGAUGUAACGAUGCUGGCAACAUAGAAGAAGCUUUGAAUCAACAAUGGGAGUGCACUUCACCUAAAGUUAAACUGAAAUAUUUUUCACGAGCACGAUAUGCCCUACUUGACGAAGAUAAACAUUCUAUGCGAAGCAGCAGAAGAUCUACAGAGAAAAUGUGUAAGAAAGAGGAAGAUGACAGUGUUGUGUAUAGUGAAGCACUCAGACGAACUGUUCCCGUUCCAGCUCCAGUUAAGAAUCUAUCUGACCUGGACCGCUUUAUUCGUCUCAAACCAAACAAACAACGUGACAUACUCAAACGAUGGUUGAAAUUUUACCAAAAGAUGCUGUCCAGAAGAGAUUAUUCUAAUUUUCUGAUAGAUUUUGAACAAGCAUUGUAUCGAAGUCGACUCGAUGAUCUUAAAUCAGCACCAACUCAUCGUCUGAAAUCAAAUGAUGUAGAGUUGAAUCACCGUCGGAUUUUAUUUAAUUGCAUGAAGCGAAUCAAAACUCAGAUUAUAACAAAUUGUAGUGAGAAAUAUCUUAUCAGAAGAACAGAACUUGAUAAGCAAUAUUCUGAUAUCGUAUGGGCUUUAUUGAAUGAUGACUCGUCUAAUUUAGUACCAGGCUGUCGGUCAAAUCGAUUAAAAGAUACUCUCAAUGAUCUAUUGGAACUUGAGGAAGGAGGUCAUGUUGAUGUUAGAGGUCAGGCAGUCCAAACGGAAAGCUACACCUGUAUUUUGAAUGAUCUGAACACCAAUGAACAUCCUAUUGAUAAACAAAACACUGAUAUACUAUCAGAUUUACCGGAAGUACAAAAUCUUGAACUUUAUGAACAGGUAUUAGAGAAUCUUGCUUCGCACAAAGAAUUAACAUCUUUGACUACUGAUGUUCCUGAUAUAGACUGUGAAGUACCAUGCCGUAACGUAAGUGAUCCGCAACACAAAGAUGGCGCGUCAAAUACCCCAGACCCAUUAGAUCAUUCGUAUGAAUUGAUUGAGAAUAACAUCCGUGAAAUUCUCCAUCAGGAGGCAAUAGAUGCUUUUAUCAGAUCCAAUGAGAGUUCAACCAGAUCAUGCUGUGACCUAGAUUCUCCUUCCUGUAUCCUAUCGAUGUGGAUUUCUGCAGAAUAUAACUCCUUACCUAAUUUACUGGCUUCCUCGCCUAAGAAUGACGAUGCUCUAUAAAUAUUACAGGUGAUAAUGUAGAAACAUUAAAACGAAGCUGAAGUUAAUUGUUACUGUGACUGAGAACUGUUUCAGAUUCGAAACAUGUUACAAUUGCUUGUUUUAUUGCACCUUAAUAUAACCAUGAUAACUUUU